AUGACUGCCGAUUCAUUUACCCUACACGGUCGAAGCUACAAUCUUCCACGACAGCCCACGGUAGUCGUCUGCGUCGAUGGAUUCGACCCCGAGUAUCUAUCGCGGGGCAUUGCAGACGGUAUCCUGCCAACCCUCGCGCGAUUCGUGGACGCGGGAUUCCACGUCACGGCAAAGAGCUGCAUGCCCUCCUUCACCAACCCUAACAAUGUCUCCAUCAUAACAGGCCAACCUCCUUCCGUCCACGGCAUUGCCGGAAACUUCUACCUCGACCGCGAAACAGGGAAGGAGAUCAUGAUCCAAGAUGACUCGUUGCUGCGUGGGUCGACGAUCCUGGAACAGAUGUCGAAAUGUGGCGUGCGAGUCGCCGCGAUCACAGCUAAGGAUAAGCUGCGGCGCAUUCUGGCCCAUGGCCUUGUGCCUGAAAAUGGUGCUAUAUGUUUCUCCUCCGAGAAAGCCGCCAGUUGCACGCUCGCAGAGAACGGGAUCGAGAAUGUGGAGCAGUGGGUGGGAAGGAAGGCUCCCAGCCAGUACUCGGGUGACUUGUCCCUGUUCGUUCUGGAUGCCGGGAUCAAGCUGCUGGAAGAGAAUCGAGCAGAUCUUUUCUAUCUGACUCUGUCAGAUUAUGUGCAGCACAAGUAUCCUCCAGGGGCACCGGAGUCGAAUGAAUUUCUUACGGAUUUAGAUCAGCGGUUGGGUAGAUUGGUGGACCUUGGAGCUGUGGUUGCUGUCACCGGCGACCACGGGAUGAGUGCGAAGUCUGGAGCGGAUGGCAAACCAAAUAUUGUAUUUUUGGAGGAUCUGUUGAUCGAGAAGUGGGGAACCAGGUGUGCAAGGGUCAUCUGCCCAAUCACAGAUCCCUUCGUCAAGCAUCAUGGGGCACUUGGCUCUUUUGUUCGGGUCCAUGUGAACAAGGGUGAGAGCCUGGCGGAUAUGAUUGACUUUUGCAAAUUGGUCCCGGAAUUCGAAUUGGUGUUGGAUGGUCGGACGGCUGCGAAAGAAUUAGAUCUGCCACUUGACCGUGAGGGAGACUUUGUUGUCAUUUCGCGCGAAGAUACGGUCAUCGGUAGUCGAAGAGAUGAACAUGAUCUGUCAACCGUGGGGGACCAUCCAUUGAGAUCCCAUGGUGGGUUGUCGGAGCAGCAGGUUCCGUUGCUUCUCUCACGGCUUGUCUCUAAUGUGCAGGAUGCUAGCGAGAAAGUGGACUGGCGGAAUUACGAUGCUUUUGAUUUGGUUCUCAACUGGUCAAAGCCUACCUGA